UGGAGCUGGCAGGAAAGGAGUCGUGCUACAUUUAAUUGGUACUUUAUUCGUUCGUAUGUAGAUCAUUUCCAAGCUUAACGUAUUUGUUACAUAGCAUUGCAUGUAGUGAUUGUGUACUAAUAUGCAAAUAUUAAUUUAGAGUUCAUGGCUUUAUGAAGAAAGGAACUGUUGUUUUCCAGCAGCGCCUGGUGCUAGCGUAUUGUUUUUUCCUCCUCUGGUCAGGCAUGUUAUGAAGUGACUAUUUUACCUUUCCACUCUCUGUGUGAUAGUGCUGCUGUUGGUCUGUUUUGACCUAGUUACUGGCAUUGGUGUUGACUGAAGAAACUUUACGAUUCGGUUCGCCGAGGGAAGAGUUGCAUUCUGAACAGUAGGCUAAUUCAACUUCCAACUUCCAGGAUUGGGUUGUUUUUGUGCAAACAUGUGACCUCAUCCCCCAGAAGAGAUCUGCUCCUUUUGAACAUCUGCCUUCCCUUGUAUUGAUUGAGUUUGAUCAUGUACAAACCAGCCUCUCAAUCAAUGGAUCAAACCGCAGAUUACAUAUCUGUCUACAAAGCAGUGGACUCAAAUGCACUGAUGAGUGGUGAUAGGACCAGUCCUAUCAGUGUUAUUCUUGUCAGCUCAGGCAGCCGCGGAAACAAAUUAUUGUUUCGAUACCCCUUUCAGAGAGUGUCUGAAAACACGUCUUCAUCAGCAUAUAAACAACGGAGUCCCUAUGCCCUCAACACGGCGGGUGAUUCAACAGAUGAUCAAGAUGGUGAUUCAAGAGAGCAUACUCCCCUAACUGAUGAACAGUUGGUAGCAGGGUUCUCUGAUAUCAUUCUGGCAACCAUUCUGGCCACCAAGUCGGAUAUGUGUGGGAAGAAGUUUGAGCUGAAGAUCGACAACGUGCGCUUCGUGGGCCACCCGACACUGCUCCAAGUGUCUAAGACGGACCCAUCUCCGAAGAGAGAGAUGCCCACCAUGAGGAUCUUCAGCGUAGUGUUUGCACUGCGGGCCAAUGCAGACCCGUCGGUGAUCAGCUGCAUGCACAACCUAUCACGGCGCAUCGCCAUCGCCCUGCAGCACGAGGAGCGCCGCUGUCAGUACCUCACGCGAGAGGCCAAGCUGAUGCUGGCCAUGCAGGACGAGGUCACUACCAUGACCGAGACGGACGGGACGCCGCAAUCCCCCUUCAGACAAAUCCUCCCCAAAUGCAAACUAGCCAGAGACCUGAAGGAGGCCUACGACAGUCUGUGUACGACAGGAGUGGUGCGGCUGCACAUUAACAACUGGCUGGAGGUGAGCUUCUGUCUGCCCCACAAGAUCCACCGCGUGGGUGGCAACCACAUCCCCCCAGAGGCCCUGGAGACCAGCCUCAAGGCCAUCAGGCCGUACCAUGCUCUGCUGCUGCUGGGCAGUGAGAAGGCUCUGUUGGCUGAGCUGCCUCUGGACUGCUCCCCAGCCCUGGUCCGCCUCAUCAAGACCUGCUCCGCCGUCAAGAACCUCCAACAGCUCGCUCAGGACGCAGACCUGGCCCUCCUGCAGAUUUUCCAGAUUGCGGCUCAUCUUGUGUACUGGGGCAAGGCCAUCAUUGUGUAUCCUUUGUGCGAGAACAACGUCUACAUGCUGUCCCCACAUGCCAACAUCCGCCUCUACUCUCCUCUGUCGGACCAGUUUUCUCAGCAGUUCCCUGGUCAUGAUCUGCCCUCCAUGUUGGCCAAGUUCUCCCUGCCCAUCUCCCUGUCCGAGUUCAGGAAUCCCCUGGAUGCCCCUAUGCACGAGGCCCAGCUGAUCCAGAUGGUGGUGUGGAUGUUGCAGCGCCGGCUGCUGAUCCAGCUGCACACCUAUGCCUGCCUGCUGGUGCCCCCCUGCGAGGAGGAGGAGGAGGUGGAGGAGGUGGCGGGCCUGAGGGACGAGGAGACCCCCCUCACCACCGCCACCACCAGGGUCGGGGGACGCAGCCUCAGCACCCCCAACGCACUCACCUUCGGAUCACCAACCAGCAGUGAUGACAUGACCCUCACCAGUCCCAGCAUGGACGCCUCCAGCUCGGAGCUGCUGCCGGGUGGCGACUCCCCGGUCAACAAGCGCGUGACGGAGACCCUGCUGGCCAGCCUGACGGAGGAGGAGCGCCAGGGGAUCCUCAACGUGCCCGCCGCACAGAGCCCUGAGGACCUGCGCAUGUUCCUCAGGCUGCUGCACUACUUCCGUGGGCAUCACCAUAUAGAGGAGAUCAUGUACCAUGAGAACAUGCGCCGCUCGCAACUCAAGACGCUCUUUGACAAGUUCCGCAGCGUGCUGGUCGUCACCAACCACGAGGACCCCGUCAUCUCCAUAUUCCAGUCCCCACCGGAAUGA